AGUUAAACUCUUUGCCCCAGACAUCUGACGAUUACUUCGGGUGGAGUGUUGAAAAGGAUCACAGUAUUCACAGGCCAUCCCCUUAUUUAGCAGUGAUGCUCACAACAGAAGGCUGGGUAGAACACGAUUUCCCUAGAUAUAGACAUGACGAGGAAAAUGGUUACCUAUGUCAGGUGCCGGUUGGACUGCCAGAUGUGAAACUGACUUGUCCUCCUACUGAUGAAUCGCUCCCAGCUGACGUCACCUGUACCUUCAAACAGGCACCAUGGACCAAUCUCUCCUGGACAGUGGGUGACAAGGAUCACAAAGCGACAUGCUACCCAGAUUUUUGUUGUAAGCCGGUGCAUGAAGGUUUCCAAGCCAAUGUGGACAACUCCUCAGGCGUCGUCAAGUCAAAGUUUACAAUCCUCAAAGCUGAUUUCGAAAGGCAUGCUAGAGUGACGUGCUCUGCGCAGUUCAAAACUGGAUCCCCGCAAUCUGCCUUUUGCGAUCUGCCCAUCUAUAGUAAGCCAGACGCCCCAAUCUGUACCCAAACCUUCACGGACACAGGCGUCCAUGUGAGAUGUGAGGUGGACAAGGUGUACCCUUGGGCAGACUGCCUGUGGGGGCGCUCGCCUCACAAGAUAUUGAGUGGCUCGUCUAGCAUUUUAAAUAUUACUGGCUCAAGAUACAAGAUGAUGAGGUGCAACUUACGGGAUGAACUGUCAGCCAGCGGGGACUACACGUACACUGUCAAGGCCAUCCCUCAAGUAGACGGGGUCAUAGAUGAUGAAAGUGCUUCCUCCAUCCCCACUGAUGUCAUCGUGUCUCUGUAUAAACCCCAAGGGUGUGACAACGUGGAGAUGAUCGAGGGGUUUGGAUCACUGGGCAAUGACGCCAACAUCUCUGUCUGUGUCAUCGCCUUCCCUGAACCUUAUGACAUACAACUGUCUCAUG